CGUUGCACUCGCACAGCAAAAUUGAGCUGCCAAUCAACCGUCAGUUUCUCGAAUUCCCAAUUUGUCUUUUUUAGGGUAAUCAUUCAUUCAAUUCUGUGUACAACAAUCGAGAAGUCAAAAUCAAUUUUGACCAGAAAAGAGAGGCAGAGAGAGUGAUCGAUCUUUUGGUUCAAUCGAUCUCUUUCUCUUGUAGUCUCUCACAGUCGCUAUGGGUUUAUGGGAAGCUUUUCUCAAUUGGCUUCGAAGCCUCUUUUUCAAGCAAGAAAUGGAGCUCUCUUUAAUAGGCCUCCAAAACGCUGGAAAAACUUCACUUGUUAACGUUGUCGCCACUGGUGGAUAUAGUGAAGAUAUGAUCCCAACAGUGGGAUUUAAUAUGCGAAAAGUAACUAAAGGAAAUGUAACAAUCAAACUAUGGGAUCUUGGUGGACAACCUAGAUUUCGUAGUAUGUGGGAGAGAUAUUGUCGUGCAGUUUCUGCCAUUGUGUAUGUUGUUGAUGCAGCGGAUCCUGAUAACUUGAACAUAUCAAAGAGCGAACUUCAUGAUUUAUUAAGCAAGUCGUCAUUAAAUGGAAUCCCUUUGCUUGUGUUGGGAAACAAGAUUGAUAAAGAUGGUGCUUUAUCUAAGCAAGCUUUGACUGAUCAAAUGGAUUUGAAGUCUAUUACGGAUAGAGAAUCGCCAUCCUCACAUCCUCGUCUUUUAUUUCCGGUGUCACCGCCUCCUAGCCUUGCUAGAACCACCGAACAUUGCCACUUUCGUAGACCAGUCAAAGUCGUGAGCCACCAGAAAUGUUCCCCCGAUGAGUGCCGACGAACCCGAGACGCGCUGAGAACGAUGCUGGUUUUGGGAAGGGCCGAUCGAAGUGCUCCAGUUGGGUCUCAGCGUUGUAACCGCUGCCAUGCGACUGUUUCAUCAUGGGUGCAGCCGCCAGCUUCGUUUCUUCGAUCAUCGGAUACCACCGCUCCACCGCCGACAUCAAAGAUGAGGACCACUGUGCGCUCACUCCGUUGA